AUGGCGGAGAAUUAUAGCCUACAUAGUUUCCAUGUACAGACAACCAAUUUCAGCGAGAACGAAGUCGAACAGGAGGACCCCACAUACUCCUUUUCUCCUUCUAACCUUACCUUCUUUAUUCCCUCUUUUGACGAUUUUGACUCGGGCCCCGAAUCCGAAUCCGUUGAUUCGGAGUCCGACCGCUCCGACUUGAUUGCAAACCCUAGUUCCUUCUUCUAUGGCAAUGAAGACCAAGUGGACCUUGUAACCGAUUUGUUCGACUCCCGAAAUGACUACGUUACGGAUCAUCCCCGUGUUGUUCACAGCAAUUCCAAUGUUAGGGUUUUGACAGACGGUGAAGAAGUAGAGCUUGAGUUUGAAUUUGAUGGACUUCGGGUCGUUGGGGUAGACUCCGAGUCCGAUUCAGAAGAUGUGGAGGUAAUUUCGGGGGUUAUUCACCAAAUUGGUGAUUCGAGAGUGCCGGAUUUGUGGAGCUGUUUUCGGGUUGGUGAUGAGGGGGUUUUGGAUGAAGAUUCAGAGUGGGAAGAAGUUGAGAGGGUUGAAGGGAGGGGGGACAAUCUGAGUUAUCUGAUUGGACGAAUGGAAGAAAUUUCUGUUUCUUCUGAUUUCUCUUCCGAAGAAGGAAAUUUGGGUUUGGGUGAAGACGGAGAAGAGGGGCAAGUGAGGAAUUUAGAAUGGGAAUUUCUGGUGGCGGUUAAUGAUCUCGAAAGGAGCCUUGAAUUUCACAAUGCUGUUAUACUUCAAGAUGACGGUGGGUUUGGUACUUUUGAUUUUGUUGGAAGCCAAGAGAGGUUAAAGGGUAGUCCACCAGCAGCUAAAUCUGUACUGGAAAAUCUUCCUUUGCUGGUCGUGAGUGAUGAAAAUUUGAAAGGAAGCAAUGCAGCUUGUGCAGUUUGCAAAGAUGAGAUUUUGUCAACGGAGAAAGUGACUAGGUUGCCUUGUUCUCACUAUUACCAUUGUGAUUGUAUUGUGCCAUGGCUAAAUAUCCGUAAUACAUGUCCUGUUUGUCGCCACGAGUUGCCCACGGAUGAUGCUGAUUAUGAGAGGGAAAAUGGAAGGAGUGCUGGUCCAGGACAUGUUAAUGAUUUUCAGCUGGAAUCAUGGUCCAACCCUUUUGGUGCUGCUUGCCAGUAUCCUUCCUUACCAGCUGAAAUAAGUUCCCUUUAGAGGCAUGGGGCAUCAUCAACUUUGUGUAUAUAAAGGAGCAUAUUCGAUAACUGUGUCAAGAGACACACAACUAAAUAAAUGAUUAGCAUCUUCCAACUCUCUGGCACACAUUAGCAGCUGUUAAACAUAAC